AUGGGCUGCACCGCCUCCAACCUCAACGAUCUGCCCGCCGUCACCCUUUGUCGUCAGCGUCGCGCCUUUCUCGAUGAAACUAUUCGUCACUCCUAUGCUCUCUCUGCCGCUCACCUCUCCUAUAUCAACUCCCUCCACUCUAUUGCUCUUUCCCUCCAACAGCUCCACCAUUUCCCAGCUCCUUCGUUGCCUCCUCACAACGACGACCGCGACCUUCCCUUGCCUCCACCUCAUCAUCCUUUCACUUAUACUCCCCAAUCAUAUCCCCGAGGUCACCUUUCCUCUCCAUCUGCUGCAUUUAUGAAGCAUACUGCUCCCCCUUCCCAGGUGUAUGAGCAGAUGCCUUUCAGUCCCCCCGCUUUUCACAUGGCCGACUAUUCUUCUUUUUACUCCUCCUCAUUCUCUCACACCAAUUCUAAUCCUUCUCACUACUUCGGAUAUCAAAAUUUUGGCGUUGGGAGCGGCGGGUACUAUUGCUCAACCCCUCCGUUCGGGCCGGACUUAUCGGCGGUUGCUUCUUCAUCUCAGCCACCUCCAGGGAUUUAUUCACCUUGGCAUUUUCAUAACUCUUAUUAUGAUGAGGAUGGACAUCAUUCUGAACUCACAACGAGCCAGGACUUGAAGCAAAUAAGAGAGGACGACGGAAUUCCUGAUCUGGAAGAUGAUGAUUAUGAGUAUGAGUUGGUCGAACCGGUGCAGGAGGAUCAAAGCGAUGCAGAUGAUGGAGCUGGGACUCAUUCAAAAUCCUCAAAAGACAACCAAGCUGAACUUACAGAGGCCUCGCUUCACCAAACUAUGCCGCUUGGUUCAAUGGAGAAUGAUGGCGUGGAAGCGGUGGAGCAUGAAGUGCAUGCGGAUGAUGAGAUGUCCGGGGAACGAGGCGGUCCUCCGAAUGCUUUUGAGUUAGCCAGCGAGAUUGAGGCUCAGUUCCGAAGGGCUUCCGAGUCUGGCACGGAGAUCGCUAAGAUACUUGAGGUGGGAACGCUUCCAUAUUAUCGAAAACAUGUGGCUUAUCAAGCUUUUUCCAAGAUGUUAAAAUUAGUCGCUCUCCCGUUGUCAUUAAUGGUGUCACAACCAUCAAUCUCCAAAGUAUACAAGAUUGGUCCUGGGAGCUUGGAACUUGACGGAGAUCUGUUGACGAGGUCACGCAACCUUUCUUCUACAUUGCAGAAACUUCAUCUUUGGGAGAAGAAACUCUACAAGGAAGUAAAGGCAGAGGAAAAGAUACGAGUCUUGCAUGAUCGAAAGUGUCGAUUGCUGAGGCGUUUGGAUGACAGGGGUGCCGAUUUUCACAAAGUUGAUGCAGCUCAAACUUUAAUUAAGAAACUAUCCACAAAAAUAAGAAUGGUCAUUCAGGUGGUUGAUCUGAUUUCUGUGAAGAUAGAUAAGAUAAGGGACGAAGAACUGUGGCCCCAACUUAAUGAAUUGAUCCAGGGGCUAGGAAGAAUGUGGAAAGCCAUGCUUGAGUGCCACCAAAUACAGUGUGAAGCAAUGAGAGAAGCCGGAAUUCUUGCUUGGAUGGGAUCCAAGAAGAAGAAUGGCAUUGCUGAUGAAGCUACCAAGCAACUUGAACAAGAGGUGAUCAACUGGACUUUGCAAUUCUCUAGCUGGAUGGGUGCCCAGAAAAGGUAUGUGAGAGCACUGAAUAAUUGGCUUCUGAAAUGUCUGCCGUAUGAAUCGGAAGAAACAGCAGAGGGUGUAGGUGGUUUUUCCCCUGGUAGAAUGGGAGCUCCUCGUGUAUUUGUAAUAUGCAAUCGAUGGUCCCAAGCCAUGGAGAGAAUAUCUGAAAAGGAAGUUGUGGAGCGUAUGUAUGUGUUUGGCAGGGGAGUGCUUCAGAUAUGGGAACAAGAGAGGUUGGAAAUAAUGCUUGAGAGGGAAGUUGGGAGAAAUGUAGUACAGGGAGAUGAGCAGAAGCUACAGAAGCAAAUACAGGAAGUAAAGCAGAAAAUGGUGGCGGCAUUCAGGGAAGUUAAUGAUAGCCUUUCUCAUUCUGAAGAUAUCAUUUGUGAUGAAGAGGACAAAGGUGGGAGCACUAGUUUACAAGCAGGCCUGCGGCAAAUUUUUGAGGCCAUGGAGAGCUUCGCAGGCAUCUCCGCUAGACUUUACGAAGAGUUGCUACAAACAAGCGAUGUGGAGGAAAGAGCCAGUGCGGAGCAUAUGCAUGCGUGUUAA